AUGAAGAUCCCCUACGUGAUUCUGACACUGACUUGUGUCAUAUCUUUUUCACGCACACAUGCCAAAAUAGGUUACUUUUGGCAUAUAACGGAUUUCCAUUACGAUCCCCUCUACACAUCACAAGGUGAUACCCGACGAUUUUGUAGAAGGGCGGAUGAGCGCGGAAGUUCCGGGCAUCAUCGGGCUUUAGGUCGAUUCGGGGACUAUUCGUGCGAUAGCUCACUCGAGCUUAUUGAGUCAGCAGCAAAGUACAUGAGGACGCGGCAUUCUGAAAACGUCGAGUUCGUCUUAUGGACAGGGGACAUCAUAGCAGCUCAAUAUGCUGGUAAUAAGGAAGACAGGUACCGGGCAAUCAGAAACAUGACAGAGCUACUGAGCAGAACGUUCAGCUCGCACUUCGUCUUUCCAGUCUUGGGCCAUUUGGACCCAUCGCCCUCGGAAAGCCUAACAAAUUUGUGGAUGCACUGGUUACCCUUAGAGGCCCUCCAAACGUUUAAAAUUGGUGGUUAUUAUACGAUAGAACAGUCCCAUAGCAAACUCAGAAUCGUGGCUUUGAAUACAAAUUUAUUUGGAAUUCGUGAAGUAAAUAGCGUUCCAGCGAAGGCUCAGUGGGAAUGGUUAGACGCGGUGUUAGACAAGGCGCAGGCAAAUAAAGAAAUGGUGUAUAUAGUUGGCCACGCAGCACCUGGGACGGACUUGCGACCAGCUUAUAACUCUUUAUCGGUGGACGCCAAUGCAAAGUACCUGAGGAUGAUACGGCGUCACGCAAAAAUUAUAGCUGGGCAAUUUUUUGGACACCUGCACGCUGACACAUUCCGCGUUAUCUACAAUAAAGAUCAACCAGUAUCUUGGGCAUUGUUGGCACCGUCGGUAAGCCCCCACCAUGAACCCACUGGUGCAUCAAAUCCAGGUCUAAGAUUGUACAAAUUUGAUUCUGAUACUGGCAAGGUCCUGGAUUAUACACAGUAUUACUUGGACCUCGCCGCGGCAAAUCGCGUGGGCGCGGGCGGACCCGAGUGGAUCGCCGAGUACAAUUUGACCCAGUACUACGGGCUUCGUGACGUAUCUGCCGAGUCAUUGCACAACUUGGCAGACAAACUUCGAAUAGGCGCGCCUCACGAAACCGCCAUGUUUUACAAGUACUUACGGGCGUAUAACGUGAAACACGAAAGCGCAGAAAACUGUGACGGCGCCUGUGCCCAUCAGCACUUCUGUGCCAUAACGUGUUUGGAGCACGUUGCGUACAGGCAGUGUGUGGAAGCCGCUGCCAGCGCCCUGGCCGCCUCCGCCAGCUCAGCGGAUGGAAUCUCCCCCGCGUUCGACUCGCUCUCGAUCCUGAUUACAGCCGUAAUUUUCCUAACG